GCCGGUAAUUGUCAUCCCUCAGAGGGGACAUGUACACUGAUCAUCAGGGCACUGAUGAUCAGUUGCACCUGUCAGUGUCCAUCAGUGCCAGGUGUCAGUGCUCAUCCAUGCCACCUGCCAGUGCCAAUCAGUGCCACAUCAAUGCCCAUCUGAGCUGCCUUUCAGUGUCACCCAUCAGUGCCAAUCAGUGCCACCUAUCAAUGCUAGUUAGUGCACCUAUCAGUGCUGCCAAUCAGUGCCACCUAUCAUUGCCAGUCAGUGCUGCCUAUCAGUGCCAGUCAGUGCCGCCUAUCAGUGUGUAUCAGUGCCGCCUAUCAGUGCCAUAUAUGAAUGCUGCCUUUCAGUGCCCAUCAGUAAUGCCUGUCAAUGCCCAUCAG